UGUUUAGCUAAAUACAACAAAUUACUCCUCCCCAGUAAUUCACAAGGCUUUUACACUAAUUUAAAAAUUGUUUUAAAGAAUACGUAUUGCAUUUUCGCCGAAAAUGAGCACCUCUACGUUGUCCACUCCAGUGGCCUCGAAGUCGGUGCUGGUCAAAUACAAGCGCUUGGACAAGGAGGCCAGGUCGCCACUUUUCGGAGUACUCGAUAAGUUUAGCAUUGCCGAGCAGGUGGAGGUGAGACGCAACUCCAGGCAGCUUCCCCAGCUGCUGAUGGCCACAUGGCGCGAGACCUACACUUGUCUAGAUUUUGAAGAGUUCCAAAAACAACUGAUCGGCGAGGCACUGCAGCAAUUUCUGCGCAAGAUGCGCCGCCACUUCAGCAGCGUGCGCUUCAACAGCGACCAGCUGCAGGAGCAGCUCAAUCUGUUGGAGCGCUGUGGCAUUAACGAGCUGCCCGGCGUGCGCGAGUGCGAGAUCCGUUGGGAUAGCAGCAAGGGCGACAACUGUGCCAUGUGGCCGCUCCACUCGCUGCCCAAGCUGCUGACGCGUCUGCAUCGCCUGCAGCUGCACAUGCCCGUGCAGAUGGGUUUCGUUGAGCAGUUCGGUCAGCUGAAGCUAUUGGCGCUGCACGAGGAUGUCUCGCCGGAGGCAUUCGCUGCCAUUUGGGACAGCUGUGAGCGCUUGAAGUGCUUACAGAUAUUGGGGAGCGGCAAGGCAGAUAUAACCGGCAUCUCCAGGUGCACAAAACUGCAGGAGUUAACGCUACCCGUGGCAGCCAUAGAUGUGAGCACCGCUACGGAGAUUUGUCAGCUGCCGCAGCUGAAAUUCCUUGAGCUGCAACAGAAGGAGGCGAACGCAGAGACGACACUCGUUGCCAUGUCCUUGAUACUGUAUUGCCGUACCAACGAUAUCAAAACAAUACAGAUCAAUGGCAGCCACUUGGGCAGUGCCGAGUGGCUGCUCAGCCUGGAGCUGCAACGCUGCAUGCGGCUGGACGGGCUCAUGCUGAUCGAUUGUCAAUUUGGUGCCAUGGACGUGACGACGCUUUGCAUGCUGCCGAUGCUCAGCUAUGCGGCAUUCUGUCAUUGCUCCAAUCUCAACAAUGAACAGGUGGCGGCCUUUGUUAACGCCUGCCCGGUGCUCACACAGCUCUACUUGAUCGACUGCCCCCAACUGACGAUCCAGCUGCUAUACAGUCUGUUUAAUAUGCGUUGCAUAGAGCAGUUGGGUACUCCUGCUCUAGGACUGUAUUUGCAAGAGGGUGAGCCACUCCUAGAGGAAUUCAAGCUAAAUUUUAGCAAGCAGCAGACACUGGAAUUGCUGGAGACACCUUUGGAGGACAGUCAUGUGCAGCACGUGCAGUUCAUAUUUCUUCAACCCGAGUCCAGGCAGCAAUAAAUGUUUCUAGUCCGUUUUGAAUCAUUAA